GCUGUUUGUUCAGCCAGAGAGGCAGAGAAAAAGAAAAAUGGCGGCUCUAGGCGAACCCAAACGGGACGCCGGGCUAACAUUUUGAGCUUUCACGCCCGAAAAGACACGGGGGCUUCUCGGGGUUUGCUGCACCGUCUGAAUCCCCACCGGCCCAGCUUCGCAGGGGUGUCGUUUUCGCUCGCGUUCGUGUAGGCUAAAUAAACGCAAAAAUUGGGAUAGUAAAAUAAUAUCUUCCGCGGAUCAUGAGAGGGAAGAGGGGCAGGCCGCCCAAACCGCUACAACCCGAGGAGCCGUCCCCAGCUACGGCCCGGGGACUGAGACCGAGGCGGAAUCUGAAGCCCCGGUUGAGGGACAGCGGGGAUGAGGACGCCGAGAGCCCCACAAGGGAGACCCCGAAGUCCUCCAGAAAGAGGAAAGCGGGAUCCGUCACGUCAACACGGGGCAGGGGACGAGGUAGAGGUGGCGGCGGUGGCAGAGGAGGAAGAGGGGGUCGCGGAGGAAGGCGGACGGCUGCGUCCAAAACAGUGGUGUACGACGACCACGAGAGCGAGGAGGAGGACGAUGCUGUCAGUCUGAGGUCCGAGGAGGACGAGUUUAUUGAGGAGGAACCCCAGUCCGAGGAGGAUGAGGGCCUCAAGGAGGACUCUGAUUGCCUUGAAGAUGAUGUGCUGGACGAGCAGCAGCAGGAGGAGGAGGAGGAGGAGGAGGUGGAGGAUGAUGCCAGCUACUGUACAGAGAGUAGCUUUCGGAGUCAGAGCACACACGCCAGCACUCCGGGGAAGAAAAAAGUACGGCCCCGACCUCGCACCCCCAUUCUCGAGGAGAAGGAGAUUCCUCCUCUUGUGCUUCCUGACUCCUCUGAGGACCUUCUGGUGCCCAAUGAGGAGCUGCUCAAUGCCACCUCCAUCUACGAGGUGGUACGGAACUUCAGUACAGUGCUUCGUCUCUCCCCCUUCCGCUUUGAGGACUUCUGUGCUGCACUGGUAGGCCAGGAGCAGUGCACGUUAAUAGCAGAGACCCAUAUUUCCCUCCUGAAGGUCAUCCUGCGCGAGGAGGACUCCUCCAACACUACCUUUGGCCCCGCUGACCUCAAGGACAGUGUCAACUCCACCUUGUACUUUAUUGACGGCAUGACAUGGCCUGAGGUGUUGCGGGCGUACUGUGAGAGCGACCGGGAGUACCAUCAUGUCCUUCCAUAUCAGGAGGCGGAUGAGUAUCCCUACGGUCCACUUGAGAGUAAGAUCAAGGUGUUGCAGUUUUUGGUGGACCAGUUUCUCACCACCAACAUCGCCCGGGAGGAGCUGAUGUCUGACGGCAGCAUGCAGUAUGACGACCACUGCCGUGUGUGUCACCGCCUGGGGGACCUGCUUUGCUGUGAGACCUGCUCAGCAGUCUACCACCUGGAGUGUGUGAAACCACCGCUGCAGGAGGUUCCAGAGGACGAGUGGCAGUGCGAGAUUUGUGUGGCACACAAGGUGCCUGGUGUCACAGACUGUGUGACGGAGGCACAGAAGAACCGGCCAUACAUCCGCCAGGAGCCCAUUGGAUAUGACCGCCACCAGAGGAAAUACUGGUUCCUAAACAGAAGGAUUAUAGUUGAGGAAGAUGGGGAACAUGAGAAGAAAAAGAUCUGGUACUGUAGCACCAAGGCGCAGCUGGAGGAGCUCAUGAAGUGCCUGGAUAAGGAGUAUUGGGAAAUGGACCUCUAUGCCACCCUGGAGGAGAUGAAGGAAGAAGUGCAAGCCCACAUGGACAUCACAGAGGACCUUACCAACAAAGCCCGAGGAAACAGUAAAGCCUACCUCACUGCCGUCAACGAUGUGGUCAUGGAGCAUUUAAAGAUCAGGCGAGAGGCACAGGAAGCAAAGACGCGAGUAGGGGACGCAAAGCAGGAAGCAGAAACGAGCCCUGUUAAGACAACAGAGGAUGAGCUCACCUCACAGCUCAACGACAGAGAGCACAAAGACACUGAGCCCAAGGAAGAUGCUAGUUCACAAGCAGCCACGGUUGCCCCUGCUAUAGAGGAGACCUGCGCGUCAGAUCUUAACCCCAGCUCGACCAUGCAGGACGCUGCCACGCCGAAAACGGAGUCCCUCGACCCGAACAAGGAAGCACAGCCUGCUCACUCUAGGAGCCAGGAGAGUGGGGAGUGCCCUCCUUUGGCAAAGCAGCAAAGGCCAGAUGAGGACACGAAAGCAGAGUCUAGCAGUGACGACCAGCAGCCUGACGAGUCGCAGGCACAAACCCAAGAUCGGCCACAGCAGCAGUCUUCUCAGCCAGAGGCGAAUAGUGAUAGCAGCCAGGUUUCCGGAUGUGGGACCCUCAGGAAACCAGAGCAGCCUGACCUGGCUGAUCGGUCCUCUCAGUCCUCUUUCACCAGCCAGGAUGGGACAGAUGAGUAUAAUGAAAGGUUCAAGACUGAUGGAGGGAGUGCAGGUGGACCUGAAUCCAAUAACCAAACGCCUAGAGGCAGCAAAGAGUCAUCUCCCGUAUGCUCUGCUGGUGAAGCUUUGCGUCUCAGCUUCUUAAAAAGGGACCUGACCGUGAAUUUGAACAACUUGUUCAAACUGGGUCAGGAGGGUAAAUACAGGGUCUACCAUAACCAGUACAGCACCAAUGUCCUGGCUCUAAACAAGCAUCAGCAUCGCGAGGACCACGACAAGAGACGCCACCUCUCCCACAAGUUCAGCCUGACCACCGCGUCUGAGUUCAAGUGGAAUGGCUCUAUCUACGGUUCGCGGAGCCUGACUGUCUCCACCCUGCGUCUCACCAUCAUCCAGUUGGAGACCAGUGUCCCUGGACCGUUCAUGCAUCCCAACUGGGCAUCGCACAGGACCAACUGGAACAAAGCAGUACAGAUGUGCAGCAAGGCCAGGGAAUUUGCUUUGGCCCUGGCCAUACUGGAGUGUGCCAUCAAACCAGUGGUCAUGCUGCCCGUAUGGAAAGAUUCCCUCGGACACACAAGGUUGCACCGCAUGACCGCCGUGGAGCGGGAGGAGAAAGAGAAGGUGAAGAAGCGAGAGAAAAAACUGGAGGACGAGGAGACACUGCAACAGGCCACUUGGGUCAAGUACACCAUCCCUAUCAAGCACCAGGUGUGGAAGCAGAAGGGUGAGGAGUACAGAGUGACGGGGUACGGUGGCUGGAGCUGGGUCAGUAAGACUCGUGUGCCACGGUUUCUUCCAAGGCUACCAGGGAACACAAAUGUAAACUACCGCAAAGAACUAGAGGCAGCUAAAAUGAGCAAGGAAAAUGCAGUAGCUGGCACAGAUGAGCAGAAAAAGUCCACGGAAACCGAGAAGCAGAAUACUCCAAACACAGCGGACGAGGACAAUGGACAAACAUCCAUCACUGCGUCAUCUCAGAGCACUUCAUCAGAGAAGGACAACUGUCAGACGUCCAAAGAGGAAGAAAAACCCAUGGGGGAGGAGCAGGGAACAAAUGAAGAAGAGAAGAGAGAAGAUGACAAAAUGGAGGUUGACUCCUGCUCAGAAACUGCUGCUUCAAGUGACGAGAAAGCUGAAGCUGAUAAAGCUGAAAGCAAAGAGCCCUCCUCGCCUUCUGUGGAGCCUGUGAGGGAAGAACCAAUCCAGAAAGUUGAACAACCCAUGAAGGAGGAGGCCACUGCACCAAAGCCCUACUACGAUGUUGUGAAUGUCAGCGAGGGCUUCCAGCUGCGGACAGCUUAUAAGAAGAAGGUGAAGCCCUCCAAACUGGAUGGGCUUCUGGAGCGCCGGGUUAAACAGUUCACCCUGGAGGAGAAGCAGAGGCUAGAGCGGAUGAGACAGACAGCCCUGCUCUCCAAAAUGGCUGCUGCCAAGCCUACCUCUGGUGUUAAGACUGAAGGAUCCACAUCAGGCAAACAGCAGCCUGCUGUGGCCCCAUGUGUAAAAGAAGAGAAGGAGGAGAGCCUUCCAGUGAAAGACCAUGUGGUUAAAAGGCUUCACUUUGAGCAGGAGCAGACAGAGUUAAAGGCAGACAACAUGGAUGUCAAAUCAGACACCACAUUACCCAACCACAGCAAACAAAUGGAGGUAAAUGCUGUGCAGGGUAACGGCAGGGAGGCCUUAUCUCACAUAGAAGUGAACGGAGGACCCUUGGCGAGCACUGAGCUAAACAGUAAAAACAAUUGUAUGUCGGAUGCAAUGGACAAAACACAGAAACCAGAGGUGGCUCGAGUGGGAGAGAAUGCCAAGAAACGUGCAUAUGAGGAAAUGGAAAAAGGCAGUGAACAGAGUGACACAGAUGGCAUGGUGGUAGACCAAAGCAAGACCAGUCCAGUGCAGGUGAAUGGGAAGGCUGGGGGUACAGCCCUUGCAGGGUCAAACGUCAACUCAGAACCCGCAAGUCGAGUCCAAAGUGAUAUUAAAGAGCCUCAGAAAGAGUCUGUCAAGUCCCUGAUGAAUGGAAACCUCUCGCAAAACGAUGUGUCCAACAUAUGUCAUCCACCUCCCUUGAAAGUCCCCAAAUUAGAGAACCACGUGGCAGAGAAAGGGGACUCUCUCAAUAAGAAUGAGGAUGUGGACAAGAACAGUGAGGAGACAGUACCCGCUAAGCUUCCAUCCUCAAGCCCCUCUUGCCUGAAUAGUAAUAGCACCGACACUAGUGGUGAAGGUUUGAAGACUUCCUCUUCCACAGAGUCUCAAAAUGAACCACACUCUGACGUCGUGUCUAAAGCAGCAAGUAGCGCCGUCUCCUCUGUUACCACCACCCCAACCCAGUCCAGCUGCAAGGCAGUUGUCCCCCAGAAUAUCAAACUUCCUGUCACUGACACCAAGAUGGUCACUUCUGGUUCAGCAACAACCAGCUCGAUGACGAUUAGUAAAGAGUAUUCCACCAGGGACCCAGUGAGCCUUCUCAGGUUCUCCAAAUCCAAGAAGGCACGCUCGGGGACGGCCCUGCCGUCCUACCGCAAGUUUGUCACGAAGAGCAGCAAGAAGAGCAUCUUCAUCCUGCCAAAUGAUGAUCUAAAGAGACUGGCGAGGAGGGCAAGCAUCAGAGAGGUGCCCAUCUUCAACUACAAUGCCAAACCGGCCCUGGAUAUAUGGCCCUACCCUUCACCUCGGCCCACUUUUGGGAUCACAUGGAGGUACCGUCUCCAGACUGUGAAAUCGCUGGCAGGGGUCAGCCUGAUGCUGAGGCUGCUGUGGGCCUGCCUGAGGUGGGACGACAUGGCCGUUAAGCCCUCUGCUGCCGUAGGGACUACUCGGAAAGAAACCACAGACACAGACAUCAUUACAACAGAGAUUAUAAAACGAAGAGACGUGGGGCCUUACGGCAUCCGCUCUGAAUACUGCAUCCGGAAGAUUAUCUGUCCCCUCGGAAACAGAGAAACUCCCAAAGAAACUCCCACUCCACAAAGGAAAGGCCUGCGAUCAAGCGCCUUAAGGCCCAAGAAGCAGGAGCCAGCCAAGCUGACUGGGCCUAUUGCUGUGGAGACAUGGGUGCUUGAGGAAGACCUGGAGCUGUGGGAGAUCAGGGCAUUUGCAGAAAGAGUAGAGAGGGAGAAGUCACAGGGUCUUGAUCCCUCCAAGACUGGCAGUAGUUUGAAGACAGCAGAGGAUGUCAAGGCCCAUUUGGAGAAUCAGCUGAAACAGGCCCGACUGGCUGCCCAGCAGAAACGUCUGGAGCAGCAGAGACCGAGUACAACUGCCACCACUCCCUCAACAACAACCACCACCACCUCAGCCAGCACUCCCAGCACCCCAUUGUCCAUUGGCCAGCGGACUGGUCAGGUCACAUCUGGAACCAAGAUGGUCCUGGCCUCGAAACUGGGUUCUCCAGUUUCCUUCCAGCAAGACAAAAACUUCCAUCAGUCUUUUGCUUCCUGGGUCAAGCAGGGUCAGACCAGCAACAGCUCAGCCUCCACUGGCUCGGUGGCCACCGUGGCUAGCAGCAUCACCACCUCAGAGCAAGCCUUCCAGAUCGCUGGCAGCCCAGUGACUGUGGCUGGCCAGGUCCUCGCCGCCAAACUCCCGCUGCCCGCUAACAGCAAGAUUGUCACGCUCAACAUGCCCACCACUCAAGGAGGCGUGGUCCAGCAGAAAGUCCUGAGCAUUUUCCCCUCUGGACCCCCUGCAAACCUUAGGACAUACAGCACACUACACCCUACGACUGGCAACAUCAACCUCAGAGCCACCACCUCUGCCUCAACUACCCAGCAACAGGCCAUCACAACAGGAGGCCAAACACAGCUUGGCACGACGAUGAGCCAGUCACCUACCCAGUCUACCUCUGUGGGCACCGCAAUGAUCAGAGGUCCAACGCCGGCUCAACAAGGCCAACCUCAGCACGCUGUGACCCAGACGGGCCGCAGCCAGCCUGGAUCCUUAGCUGCGCCUGGUCCUGCGUCUGGGCAGACAACUGCAGCUCAGAGAGCAGCAGGUGUUGCACCAUCACCUCAUGCAGCCACCACAGCACCUGGACAGUCACCUGUAGCUUCCCCCCAAGCCAACAGACCACAGCAGGGUCAAGUUAAACUCACUAUGGCACAGCUCAUGCAGCUAACGCAGGGUGCUCAGGGUGGAAACCCAGGUCUGACGGUGGUGAUCCAGGGUCAGGGCCAGACCCAGGGACAGCUGCAAAUUAUCCCACAGGGUGUAACAGUCAUCCCCGGUCCUGGUCAGCAGCUAAUGCAGGCCGCCAUGCCCAAUGGCCAGGUCCAGCGCUUCCUAUUCACUCCUAUGCCCCCAUCCUCAUUAGCUUCAACUUCAAUACCCACUACUGCUUCCCCUACAAAGCCUGCUGUAGCUCAGACCCCUCAAACCCAAGGUCUGGCCCAAGUCCAGACGACUCCUUCAGCCCUAGCCCAAACCCAAAUGGCUGCCCCUUUACCUGCCCCAACACAUGUUGCAGCUCCAGCUCCAGCACAAAUGCCACGUUUGGGCCCUACCACGGUACAAACCCAAGUUUCAACCGCUACCCCAUUAUCAGUCCCGACACAACCUCAAAUAUCCACUCCUGUACCUGCCCUGCCACACAUGGCAGCCCAGGCCUCAACACAGGUUCUAUCUUCCACACCAACCUCUGUCCCAGCACAAAUGGCAAGACCUGUGCUAACCCCAGCACAGAAUGCAGUCCCAGCCAUGGUGCAAAACCAAGUCUCCACCCAUACGCCAGGCUCAUUCCCUACACAAACCCAAACCGCAGUGUCACUGUCUGUCCCAGGACAAGUGGCACCUCAGUCACAGCUCCAGACACACGCCUUCAGCCCUGCUCCAGCCUUAACCUCAGCCCCUGUCCAGAUGCACGUUACUGUUCCAGCCCCUGCUUUAGCCCCCCUCUCAGGCCCGUCUAACUUGGUUCAGAUGCCUGUUUCUGCCUCUCUUCCCUCACCUGUCCAAGUUCCAACCCCUGCUCUUGCUCCAGUCUCUGCUCCCGUCAUAGCUGUUGUGUCCAGUCAAUUAGCUGUCCCGUCCCCAGCCAAAGCUCUAACCCAAAUCCAAGCCACAGCUCCUGUUCCGCUCCAUGCCGCUGUGGCCAGUGCUGUUGUCACACCCG